AUGGUGCAGGGAGCAGAGGCUCAGCGCCGCGGUGGCUCCAGCUGGUGCUACGGAUGCGGCUGCCAGCUCAAGCCGCUCCAGCUCGAGGCGAAGCCGCGUGGCAGCGUCUGGGCGAACGGCUCUGGCCCUGCUGCCGCGGGAACUAAGGGCGGCAAGGCUGGCCAGGAGUCCUCCAUGAGCGGCGGCGGCAAGGGCACCCAGGGCAAGGGCACUGGCGGCGCCAUGGAGGCAGCGGGGAAGGCCCCGCCACGGCGCGGGGAGCGCAGCGUCGCGGACCAGCCCAUGGCGGUCGUCGACGCGCUGGGCCCGCAUGUGGACUCCAGCAAGAUGCCGCCCGAGCGCACGCCCUCGCAGCGGCUGCACUCCGCCAUCAGCCGCGAGGACAACGCGACCCGCGCCUUGGAGAGAGCGCGCAGCCACCACUACGAGCUCGAGCAGCAGCUCCUCGAGGCUCGCGCGGAGCUGGACGACGCCUGCACCGCAGUGGCCAAGGCUCGCGAAGAGAAGCAGCUGGCCAUGCAGGCCCAGCUCCCCGAGGCCACGGCGCAGCCCCCAGCCUCGACCGACACCCCGGCGCGGGACGCGGCCCCGCUCAACGACCUCGAGGAGCUCGACCCUGCCGCCCGCGGCGCGCUGCUGGCCGAUCAG